AUGCGCCCUACCGAUGUGCUUAGGGAUUCGUAUAUCACACUUACACCCACAGCGGCAUCGAGAAGUAGCCGAAAUACGCACUUUACGCCCGCCUGUGACUUUCUGGUCCGUAAAUGGGCGGCUGCUGCGAAGCGUAACGCUUCGAUGGAAAGCAUGAAAGUACACGAGCCUGAGCCAGAGGACGGGACAGAUCGAGACUCAUCCAGGACAGAAACCGAUCCCAGCUCAGGACUUGGCAACGAUGAGAGUCAAAGUACAGACGAAGAUGACGAUGUCUCAACCAGAUCAGGUCUAGAAUCAGAUGCUGAGAUUGAAGAAGAUGAAGAGGAGGAGGUGGAAGAGGAAAAGGGCGUCAACAUACCGACAUACGUGUGUGAAUUGCACGAUCCAAAGCCAGUGCUCGUUGCCGAGCAGAUUCCGUGCAAUCGCGUAGACAUUCGAGCAUGGGAGGCUCCUGGUAGACUCGAAGGAUUGUCCGAAACCUUGUUGUUUCGUUAUGAGAUUUCCGUGGGACGUGCACAGCAGACGUUCGCGUGUUCGCCGUCGAAGACAUUAGAAAUAUUUGAGAAACUAUCCCGGGAUCGAAAAUGCGCUGAUGAGUUGCAAUUCAUUGAGAUGAAUUGCUUGAAAGGUGGGUUCAUUGGAUCACUGAAGCGGAUAUACGCGUCAGCUGAACAGAUCUCGGCGGAAGUAAGAGACGUACUGGAAGCUAUUUCUGACGUGGACACUGUGCUCAUGAACCCGGUUUUCUUGGAUCUCGUCGGCGCGACCAAGGGAUCCACAUUGUGUCAUGAAAUUGAAAAGCUGCUAGAGUCGCACAAGAACACACAGCACAUUGAUGCGCUAUGUAUGUGCGACACGUACUACAAGUCCGUCAAACGUUACGGUGAUUUCUAUCACGAACAGGCACAGACAGCGAAUCAGCGUCGUCAGUCGACGGUAGCCAGUGAGACGCUCAUGAGAUCUCGCGGUGUGCUUUCCUACUACACGGACACGAUCUACAUUAUGGAUAAACGCAAGUUUCGCCCAACACACGGACUCAAGCAGUGCAAUGUCUACGGUUUUGGUCGCCGUAAAUUGUUUGAGAUUGUGCGGGUGUCUCGCAAGCAAUGGUCUCUGUGCCAUGUAAAUUACGGCGAGAUUUUCACACUGUCGCUGAAGAAAUACGCAGGCAGCGUGCACCACAUGGUAGCAGUGAAGCGCAUGGUGCCCAACGUGCCGAACGGUGGACUGCGAGAGGAAAAUGUUUGUUUUGUGAAGAAGUCAAAGAGUGAGGGAUAUCGCUGUCUGCUCAUGUCAGAAGUAAUCUCGCAGGGCAAAGUGACAACGUCCAUUUCAAUUCAAAAGCCCACAUCACCACCAGGAGAUCCAAAUUUCCACUACAUGACAAUGAGCGAGGUAUCCGGUCCAUCGCCUGCUACAAUAUGCAGCAGCACAUUAAGCGUCCCAUGUGAGAGGUACAAACAUCUUCAGCGUCUUAAUGUAAGUGGUGGUAGUGAUGUGGUGACGUACAUUGCACUCGCUGCGAGCUACGAUAUCCUCGUUGGUGCUCUGAGCUAUUGGAUGGACCGCAAAUAUUAG